UAUUUAGUUAUCAUUGCUAUCAUUCUCAGAAACAUAAGCUUGUAUGUUUUCUUCCUUAGAUGUCUCAAAAUCUUCCCAUUCACCUUCCUCCUCCUCUUCCUCAAUCUCUUCCCAACCUAAUGGGAAUCAAGAUGACCCCACAUGUACCACGUCAAGAGAUCCAUUACAUAUUUCAGGAGGUCCAGUCAUGAGAGUUAGAGCUAAGAAGAUGCAAGAAGCUUUAAAUGGCCUUAUUGAGCAGAUCUGGGUUGAUAACAACAUGCACAAGUAAAUCAAAGCUUGAAUGAUUAUCAAGGCAUGAUAAACAUUAUUCAGGUUCAAGAGAAGCUUAAUUGAGGUCAUUUAUGCUAAAUUACACAGUUUGCGUCAAUCUCGCAAUUCUGUCGCAAUUUGUAACAAACUGAUAUUUCAUGU